AUGCGGGAGCCAACGAUCCUGGCAUCCGCCCUGCAAGCCACCGGUGCUCGGUGGUCGGCACAGCAUGCUGAGGCUACAGCCUUGAGGCAUCGUUUGGAGGUCUUGGCGAGACAUCUAGAUUCUGGUGAAGGCGAGGAAGUCGACAAAGACUGGGUUCAUCGCUUCGUAACUUCACAUCAGCGGCUCGUAGAACUUGGGUGCAGAUUGGAGGCGGGUUUUGUGGACAUCGACGCGGAGCUUCGGCGACUACAGGCUGUUCUUGGUCAUGCCCGAGUUCUUGGUGCGCUCGCAGGGAGUGGGGAGAACGAUCUAGGUUCCCGGGCGGCAUUGCCAAGUGGCGCUUCGGUCUUUCACUUCGGGCAAACACCCGAGGACGAUGCAGACGAGGUGCAUGAAUCUCAAGCUGCCAAGGCACCGCCAGCAGGUGUAUCUUCCUCGGUUGCACAUGCCCAUGCUGCAUCAACCAGCACCCGAACCCAAGCCAGCCGCAAGAAUCCAGCGACGUUUGGCCCGAGCAUAAUUCAGCAACUGUACUUGCAAGCCCAGCUGGUAGUUUAG